CUUCUCAUCGACGACUUUGGAGGUUCCAAGGUUGUAGCUGGCGUCCUGUGCAAGCAGGACCGUCUCGGAUGACAAUAAGCAGCAUGGAAACUGCGGAGAUAGCAUAUGCGAUUCAUCGGAUGCGUCUUUGGGCGCCGUCCGUGUACAUUCCGGCAUGCCGCACGAAUAAAAACGGGGAUGCGCGCGCCCGAUGCUAUUUAUUAGCUUGAGGCUUAAACUCUUACUCCUUCACGUCACUCGCGCGUUUUUCUUUUCUGCUUACCUACCUACCUCUUCCCUCCUUUCCCUGCUGUACUACAUUCAUUUCAUCUUGUCCUACUAGGUAUCCCUCCCAGCGGAUACCUCCUCCAUGGCCGACCUUUCACGCGUCGAGUCAAUUCAGUACCCUGCCGCCCACUAUGGCCAUCUGACGGAGAACCAGCAGCAGCAGCUGGACGCCUUCAAACUGCUGUGCCAGGAACAAGGCUACUAUACCCCUGCGGACCUUGCAAAGGACAUUGAAGCCAGCCAUGACGACGAGACGAUGCUGCGUUUCCUUCGCGCGAGGCGUUUCGUACCGCAAGACGCCUUCAAACAAUUCAAGGACACCGAGGACUGGCGGAAAGAACAUGAUUUAGGCAACCUGUACAAGACUAUUGAUAUUGAAGAGUACGAGCAGACACGGCGCUUGUACCCCCAAUGGUUAGGACGACGCGACAAGCGCGGAAUUCCCGUCUAUGUCUUCGAAGUUGCACCACUCAAUUCCAAGAACAUUGCUGGCUACGAGAAGCAAUUAGCAAACUCGACCUCCACCUCCACCAAAGUAGCCACCAAGCACCUCCGCUUAUUCGCAUUGUACGAAUCCUUGAUCGGCUUUGUGCAACCGCUGUGCUCUGCCGUGGCCCGGAGACACCCCGAAACCCCCAUCUCCCAAAGUAACAACAUUGUCGACAUCAGCGGUGUGGGGCUGAAGCAAUUCUGGAAUCUAAAGGGGCAUAUGCAGGACGCAUCGCAGUUGGCGACGGCACAUUAUCCAGAAACACUGGAUAGGAUAUUUAUCAUUGGCGCACCCGCCUUCUUCCCCACUGUCUGGGGUUGGAUAAAACGUUGGUUCGAUCCCAUCACCGUAUCCAAGAUCUUCAUCCUCUCCUCGGCCGACGUCUUCCCCACCCUUUCCCAAUACAUAGACCCCGAGAACAUCCCAAAGAAAUAUGGAGGACAACUCGACUUCAAAUGGGGAGACCUGCCGCACCUCGAGCCGGCGAUUGAAUCUUCGAUCGAAUGGAUCAACCCCAAUAUCCAAGAAGGCAGAAAAACCUUCCCGAUUGGACCCAUCACAUGGGAGAAGCACGCCGACGGAAGCCUAACAGCCAUUGCCAUUGGAACCGAGAAAGGUCAACCAAGACAUCGACCCAUCUUCAGGAUUCCACAUCCAGUCAACGCGAAUAUCAGGGCUGGCCAACCGAUAGAAAACACGCCCGUCGACGAAGCCGAGCUUCGACUCACGACCGUUGGGACGGCGACCCAACCGCCGGACACUGACAUAGAUGCCGCGAGUUUGGAGCCGCCUCCAUCGGACACCGACACCCCUGAGAGCAACUCUAUCCCGGCGCCCUCGACUACGGAUUCGCGGAGCCUUCCCGUGCGCGAAGGUACGUCGGAGACUCGCUACGCGCAGCAGGACCGGACGCAUGCUGCCGGCCAGCUUGCAGACGGUACUCCCGAUGCGGCCGUCAAGGACCACGGCCACGGAGAUAAGACGGUCACCAUGGAGCCUUCGACUGUGGGGCAGGCACCGAAGGAUGUAUCCAUCAAGACCGAGGGAUCGCCCGCACCGGGAAUCAUAGACCAGGCCAAGCAGGUCGCCGCGCAGGCAUCUGCGGCCGUCGCGUCGGCUGCCAGCACCGUCGCAGGGGGUGUGAGCGGAUCGGCUGCCCAGGAAAAGGUGGUUGAGAAGAGCGCAGAGGAGAAGAAUCUGGAGGCCGAGGUCGAUGCGAAGGCGGAUCCGGUCAUUGAGGAGUAUCUGAGGGAGAAGACGAAGGUGGAUGCUUGAGAGGGGGAUGGUUGUGUAAGAAUGAGGGGCGAAGGGGGGCCAAUGUGUUGGAUAUAUCGCAUACAUAUACGAAGCGCGUUGGAAAUGUCUGGAUUCUGUAGGAAGGGUUUACUUGGUGAACGAAUCUCCUCCUAACUACCUACCUACCUAUUUAUAAAUAGAUGGAUAGAUCUCCGACGGCCCUCGUGUGUGACACAUAUGUCGGAACUU